AUGAAGGACCUCAAGCUCAUACACAAGUUCUCUGCUCAUGCUGAGCUGGUCAAGAGCCUUGCAGUCGAUGACGGGAUCAUUGUGAGUCGGGGAGAUGAUGGUGUAAAAGUGUGGGAUCUUGUAGAUGCGGCUUUGCUGAAGCAUCUCGAGAUGAAGGGAUCGGUUGAUGCACUUACGAUCAGUGGAAAGAAGGGGGUCGCUUGUGCGAGGGAAGGAGAUAACGCCUUUCUUGUCAUUAUUGACCUGUGA